AGCGCGAAAAAGGCGGGGAAUCAAGUGAUCGAGUCAGAGAGUGUUUAACUAUAUAAACCAACUUUAAUCCUUUCCUAUUCUCUGCUUCCAUUUUAUUUGCAGAUUUAUUUCUCUAUAUUCAAGUAAUUAAGAGAUGGAGACUUUUCUUUUCACUUCUGAGUCUGUCAAUGAGGGGCACCCCGACAAGCUCUGUGACCAAAUCUCAGAUGCUAUUCUUGAUGCCUGUUUAGAACAAGACGCGGAGAGCAAGGUUGCUUGUGAGACCUGUACAAAAACUAACAUGGUCAUGGUCUUUGGUGAGAUCACAACCAAGGCUAAAGUAGACUACGAGAAAAUAGUAAGAGACACUUGCCGGGGAAUUGGGUUCAUAUCACCUGAUGUUGGUCUUGAUGCUGACCACUGCAAGGUCCUUGUCAAUAUUGAACAGCAGAGUCCUGAUAUUGCCCAAGGUGUUCACGGACAUCUUUCCAAGAAGCCUGAGGAAAUUGGAGCUGGUGAUCAAGGUCACAUGUUUGGGUAUGCUACCGACGAAACCCCUGAACUCAUGCCGCUAACUCAUGUACUUGCUACUAAGCUCGGCGCCAAGCUGACAGAGGUUAGAAAGAACAAGACAUGUCCGUGGUUGAGGCCUGAUGGUAAGACCCAAGUUACAGUUGAGUAUAAGAAUGAUAAAGGAGCGAUGGUGCCUGUUAGGGUUCAUACUGUUCUUAUUUCAACCCAACAUGAUGAGACUGUCACCAAUGAGCAGAUUGCAGCAGACCUCAAAGAGAACGUCAUUAAGCCGGUUAUCCCAGCUCAAUAUCUUGAUGACAAGACUAUCUUCCAUCUUAACCCCUCGGGUCGUUUUGUUAUUGGAGGACCCCACGGAGAUGCAGGACUUACUGGCCGAAAAAUCAUUAUUGACACUUACGGUGGCUGGGGAGCUCAUGGAGGAGGUGCCUUCUCAGGGAAGGAUCCUACCAAGGUCGACAGGAGUGGUGCAUACAUUGUGAGACAGGCAGCAAAGAGCGUGGUGGCCUCAGGGCUCGCCCGCCGCUGCAUUGUCCAGGUUUCUUACGCUAUUGGUGUGCCAGAACCUUUGUCAGUCUUUGUAGACACUUAUAAGACUGGGAAGAUUCCAGACAAAGAUAUUUUGGUAUUGAUUAAGGAGAAGUUCGACUUCAGGCCUGGAAUGAUUGCUAUCAAUCUCGACUUGAAGAGAGGAGGAAAUUUCAGGUACCAGAAGACCGCUGCUUAUGGUCAUUUUGGUCGUGAAGACCCAGAUUUCACCUGGGAAACUGUCAAAAUACUCAAACCUAAGGCCUGAGGCUUAGGCUCAUGGCAGCUUUAUAAAUAUUCUGAAGUUGGUUACUAUUGUAGCCAACAAUCUGCUUGGCGGGGGCAAGAAUAAAGACACUUUAGCACAUGCAUCUGAAUUCUGACUACAAUGAAGAAUAUUUCAAGGUCCAAAAGAGAGAGAAUUCAGAAUGUGUGCUUAAAGUUGAGAUAUAGUAGUUUUGUUUAGGAAUGAUUACUAGCUGCAUUAUUCAUUUGUCUUCCCUUUUAUUCGUUUUCUUCCUGUUUUGGUUAAUGGGUAUUAUGUCAUGUUAUUUACUUGGUUCGAUCAAAUAUUGAUACUUCAAUUUGUUUCA